AUGACCGCAGACGGUGCAUGGCGAUGGGCGGAGGACGGCGAGCAGAUUGGGAAAAGCAAGAAGACGAGCAGGACUACGAGGAGCGACGCCAGCGAAGCCCGCCUGGGUGGGAGCGGGGGCGCCACGGAGAAGGACGAGAAAGGGGCCGGGGAAGGCGAUCACCGCACGGCUCCAGAGCAGAAGGAGGAGGUCAGCAGCGAAGGGAGCAAGAGCGGCAUCGCCAGGAACGUUCUCCUAUGCAAAGAGAUAGACAAUGGGAAGAUCAAGAAAGGUACAAGAGAGAUCGCGAAGAAAACCAGAGGAGAAGCCCGAGUCCAAUUGGAACUAGGAGGCUGCGGCAACAUGGAGAGGGAUCGAGCGGGGCUAGAGCGGCUCGUGAGGGGUUGGAACGAGCGCUGUACGGGAUCAGUGCAGGAAGCAGAGGAGAAAAAGGAAAGCAGCGGGGGGCUGCUCUGUCAGAUCGGGGAGGAUCUGGGAGCUGGGAUAUGGGGAGAUGAGGAAGAGGAGGACCCGACGGUGCUGUUCCUGGAGCGGCUGACAAGCCACUAA